UUUAUGAGAUUAAGCUGGUAUUAGUCUCAUGGAGCAGGUUCUUACACACCUUCAUCAUCUACCUGAGACACCUUCAUCAUCUACCUGAGACACAUCCAGUCCAGUCACACCAGUUUAGCUCACCAACACAUUUCUAACUGUUUGUUGUGGUUUCAGUGAGUCCUCAGCAGCCUCUGGUCCACCUUCAGUCCUUCCAUCUCAACAUCAAACCUUCUGUCAGCUGGCUCCUGCAACGUAUCACCUGCACAGGUGCAUCAAACAGUCGAAUCUGAUUGGCUCCUCUCAGCCAACCAGCUCCCAGUGACGUCACACGGUGACCAACCGGAUUCAAAGUUUCCUUCAGAUCUGUUUCCAUCUCAGCACCGGAAGCAGCAGGUGCCGCGGCCGCUCUCACCUGAGCAGGUAGAUCCCGUCACGAUCCGUCAGGACACCAGGCAGGAUGUCCGGUUCCGCUCCACAGAGUAAGAAAGUCCAGAACCAGAACCAGAACCAGAGCCAGAUGGACAUCCUGGACCCAGAGUUCCAGCAGCAGCUGGAGGGUCUGCGCUGGAGCCUGAAGCAGGAGAUCCAGAAGGAGCUGAAGAUCAAGGAGGCAGCAGAGAGGCUGAGGGGGGCCGUCACCAACAGGAGGAGCGCUGCAGAGGUGGAGGGCCAGCUCAAGGCCUCCAGCCGCAAACUGGACCACCUGCACCGCCAGCUGCAGGACCUGAACGCCCAGUCCAUGGCCCCGGACAGAGACGGAACCACAGGCGUCUCAGAGGACGGCCCUCGGUCCACACAGACGUGUCAGUGGGAGGACGAGACGUCCCCGCGGGCCCGGCGGGUCAGAACCCUGAAGAAGCAGCUGACCAUGGAGAGCAAGGUCAAACAGGGAGCUGAGAACAUGAUCCAGACCUACACCAACGGCUCUGUGAAGGACAGGAAGAUGCUGGCGGCGGCGCAGCAGAUGCUGCAGGACAGCCGCACCAAGAUGGAGCUGCUCAGGAUGCAGAUCAUCAAAGUGAGCCAGGCCAGAGGGGGCGGAGCCACAACCACAGGACAUCCUGUGGACUCCAUCAGUCCUGUGGAGCUGAGGGUCUUGGACCUGCUGCAGCACCUGGACAUAGAGUGGGCCGUGGCUGAAGGAGGGAGGAACGUGCUGAAGCAGCUGAACCAGCACCGGGUCCAGGAGCGCCGGGUCCUGGCAGAGGCCCAGGCCCGGGUGCAGGAGUCCUGUCAGAAGCUGGACCUGCUCAGGCUGUCCCUGGAGCAGCGUCUGACUGAACUUCCUGCUGAUCAUCCCAAACGCUCGGCCAUCAAAGACCUGCUGCAGUCAGGAACGUCCCCCAGCUUCCACACGCKGAGGACACCACCCCUGUCCCUGUCCUCCUCGUCCUCCUCGUCCUCCUUCUUCAGACCYGCCAGUCUCACAGGUCACCUAGAGGUCUGUCUGAUGGGCUGUCAGAACCUCCUGGAGUCCGUCCCGGGUCGGAGCCGGGUCAGCACCUCGUCCUCCUCUGGGACCUCGUCAGAAGGAAAGUCUCUGAAGCUGAAGUCUUCAGGGCGCAGCGUGAACGGCAGGACCACCAAGUCUGAGGAUCUGUCCUCUGAAGUGCGAGCCGUGCUGAAGGUGGACAACAGGGUCGUGGGACAGACUCACUGGAGACAGGCUGGGAAAGAAGCCUGGGGUCAGAACUUCAGCAUCGAACUGGAGCGGUCCAGGGAGCUGGAGAUCGCCGUGUCCUGGAGGGACUGGAGGGGUCUGAGUGGACUCAAGUUCCUGCGUCUGGAGGACUUCCUGGACAACCAGAAACACGGACUGUGUGUGGAGCUGGAGCCUGAGGGGAUCCUCUUCAUCGAGGAAGAAGGACAACCUGAACAUGGAGGACUUCCAGUGUCUGUCGGUUCUGGGUCGAGGACACUUUGGAAAGGUCCUGCUGGCCGAGUACAAGAAGUCAGGGCAGCUGUUUGCCAUCAAAGCUCUGAAGAAAGGAGACGUGGUGACCAGAGAGGAAGUGGACAGCCUCAUGUGUGAGAAGAGGAUCUUCGAGGUGAUCAACGCGGCCCGCCACCCGUUCCUGGUGAACCUGCAGGGCUGCUUCCAGACGGAGGAGCACGUGUGCUUCGUGAUGGUCUACUCUCCAGGAGGAGACCUGAUGAAGCACAUCCACACCAGCAUCUUCACCGAGAAACAGGCCCGGUUCUACUCCUCGUGUGUGCUGCUGGCUCUGGACUUCCUGCACCAGAACCACAUCGUGUACAGGGACCUGAAGCUGGACAACCUCAUCAUGGACGCUGACGGCUACAUCAGAAUCGCAGACUUUGGUUUGUGUAAAGAAGGAAUGGGUCACGGGGACCGGACCUCCACCUUCUGUGGAACCCCAGAGUUUCUGGCCCCGGAGGUUCUGACGGACAACAGCUACACCCGCAGCGUGGACUGGUGGGGGCUCGGGGUCCUGCUCUACGAGAUGCUGGUGGGGGAGUCUCCGUUCCCCGGUGAUGAUGAGGAGGAAGUGUUCGACAGCAUUGUGAACGAUGAAGUGCGUUACCCUCGCUUCCUGUCUCCAGAGUCCGCCUCUUUGAUCCAACAGCUGCUGCAGAAAGAUCCGGACCAGAGGUUGGGGUCCGGAGAGGACGACGCCUCGGCCAUCAAACAGCAUCGAUACUUUCAGGGCAUGAGGUGGGACGCUCUCCUGGCUAAGAAGGUGAAGCCCCCCUUCCUGCCGCUCAUCAGGGGGCCGCAGGACGUCAGUAACUUUGACGAGGAGUUCACCCGUCUGAGGGCGGUCCUGACCCCCCCGAGGACGCCGUGCGUCCUCACCGCCGAGCAACAGGAAGUCUUCAACGACUUCGACUUKUCUCUGAUUGGCUGAGAGCGGGACUGAACGUGGACCUCUGGACUGGAUGUUUACAUGUAAACAAAGAAACAAACAAAGGCUGGAACAGAAACUAAUUUAUUCUGUUUACAGCUGGAGGUAAAAAACACUGCAGGACAUUAUUGCUUUGAGUUCACAACAUAAACAAAUAAACAACAACAACAACAGCUGUAAACACAAACAACACUUAUUGCUCUCAGGUGGACCGGGUCCCAGCAGAACCUCUGAUUCACUUCCUGUUUACAAGUUCUGUUCAAACACCUGAAGAUAUUUACAGCUGGUCCCGGUCCUGAUCCUGGUCCUGGUCCUGGAUCUGGAUCUGGUCCCGGUCCGAGGGAGUCGUGUUUGUUCAGGAUUGUUUACAAACUUUAACUUGUUGUUUUUCAUCAGACGCUGAAAAGUUUAAGAAAUAAAAAUGUUUAUUUUAAUAAAAA